AAUAUGAAACUGAAGAACGAGAUUGAUAAUAUAUGAAUAUUGCUAUCAUUAUCAAGGUUUUAUCGGUGAAUGAAAUACAGGAGUUAAAAGAAGCUAGAGACAGGGUUAAAAAUAGUGGAAGCAAAACUGAGCUCCGUCUUGAAACAGAAAUUAAGUCAAGGUCAGACCUGGAGAAGAGAAACACGACCUUGGAACAGGAAAUGACAAAGGUGCUAAAUCAGACAAAGGAACUACUGGAAAAAGUCAGACUUCUUGAAGAUGCCAACAAAUUUUUGGAAGAAGAAUUAGAAAGGAAGCGUGGCGUAUCCAAACAGACAGAAAUGCUGUUUACCCAGAGAGCCAGCGACCAAAGCAUGCAACUCCAGAUGUCAAACAACCGGGCCGAGAACGCAGAGAGAAGGGCAAUGCAGGUCAAUGAGCUCCAAACUGACCUAGAAGAGGCCUUGUCACGCCUGCAGGCAGCUGAGCAUCAGCUACGAGAGGGACCUGUCCUUCGUAUGGAACUUCAGACUACCAAGGAUGAGCUAAUUCGCCUGCGAAAUAAUUUACAGGAGGAGAAACUACAAAAACAAAUCUCCACACAGAACUGUGAGGAGCUGAAGCAGCAAGUAAGCUCUCUAAAGGACAGAGAGGCCAGGCUACAGGCAAAGAAUAAAGAAUUACAACACACUCUUUUGGAUGUGGAGGCUAAAAUGAACAACAUGAAAGACGAGACAAAGUCUGUGAAUGACAUGCAUCACUUAACAGAGCAAAGCAAGCAGACCCUGGCAGGCCAGGCUGCAAAACUUCAGCAAGAAACUGAAACUCUUCAGUUAGAGCUGCUCUCAGUAUCAGAGAAACUCCAGGCACAGACUAAGAAGAACCAGGACAGGAAAAAUAGGCACAAGGCAAAGCUUCAGAAUGCGAGGGAGCUGUUCCAGAGAGAAAAACAGCGCCUUCGCGACGAGCUCCAAAGACUGGAGUCCGAGCUGUUAUUGGCGCAGUCCACACUCUCCAGAGAGGCCGAGUGGAAGGCUAAGAUGGAGAGCAAAUACAAAAUGGUGCUACAGGAGAAAAGAGAACUACUUGCUCAAAAUGCAGAAAAUGAAGAACUUGCCCGUGACAAGGCAAGGGCUCUUCAACUUCUGGAUGUGAAGUUGAAGUUUGUGGAAGACGAGAACUUCCAGCUGCAGUCAAGACUAGAUACCCUGGUCAAACAGAGGGCAGGGCUGGAGAACAUGGUGAAAGAGCUUAAAGCAAAGGAAGAGAGAAAUGAUAACCAAAAAUCAUUCACCCAUGGUCUGGAGAAUGGAAUCUCAGGCAGAGCUUCCCCUUUAUUUCAGGUCAAUCCAAAGUUUUCCAAUAAACCUUAUUUCCAAAAUCAAAAUGGAGGUAAUGACUUAGGGUCCAUACUGUUACGAAGGACCCCGUCACCAUUUUUAACUAGCACACCCGUGAAAUCAGACUCACCCGUGAGACCAGAUUCGCCAUUGAGGUCACAAUCAGAUGUGAGGUCACAAUCAGAUAUGAGGUCACAGUCACCUGUGAGGUCACAGUCACCUGUUAGGUCACUCUCCCAUAUGAUGUCACAAUUGCCUGUGAGUUCGCAGACAAAUGUUAUGCCACAGUCCCCAGGGAGGUCAUAUUCACCACUGAGGUCACAGUCACUGGGACAGGUCAACCAUAAUGGUCCAGUUUAAAGGAGUGUGAACAGCAAUACAGGGCCAGUCAGUGGUAGUGACAGGCUCUCAGGGUAUUUAGAUUCAUAGCAUAAGUGUACUGAUAUAAUUGUAGUUCACCUUUCCUUUGCUUUGUUUGUUUAUUUAUUUUCAUUUUUCCUUUUUUGAGGAUUGUAUACUUAUUGCUUCUGCAGCAAUACUUUCAUUUUGCUUUUUUUAAAAAUUUAUUUGUUUAUAUAAUGUCACUCAAAGUUAAUUUCAUUAUUUUUUGCAACCAGGCUUAUUGCAUGCUAGUGCAGGCAUGAUUAUUAGUGACUGGAGGAGCAGUUAAGAUAACAUGAAUGUCAAAAUGGUCAAUAAUAGUAUAAACCUGUUACAUGUUUAAAUAUUGUCUUUGUAAGUCAUUGUUGUUGGUGGUGUUUUCUUUGUUUGUUUCUUUAGUUUUAGUGCCAAUGAACUAUUUCUUUAAUUGUGAACAAAUGUUCUACAUGGAGUAAAGUGACUAUGAAGUUAAGGAUUUGUUAGGGUUUAUUAGUUAGUUUGAUGGUUAAGUUUUAAAUCUGCAAGCCAUUUAGAUUCAGUGGGUAUUGUUUUGUAAGUUUAUUUGACCUUAACUUUGGUCUUUUUGGCCUUGACCUUGUCACAUAGACCUUGACCUUGUCACAUAGGCCUUGACCUUGUCAUGUUGCUCUUGACGACCAGAUUCUACAGGUUGUGAAUAAAUCCUUCCAUAUUUAUUAGAGGCAGCAGCAAAUACCGAGCCACUGGUGAUAUUACUGAUUUAAUUGUUAUUUGACUCAUUGAAAUCAUUAAAACAAUACUGUUUGA